AUGGAAUACCCACUUCUUGAUGAUUAUUCUGCAACAGGGCGCACAGGAAAGCUGCGCGAUAUACUCGGAACAACAAGGACUCAGACGAAUUGGGACGCCAAGACAGAAGUUUUGAAUUUGCAAUCAAGAAGUAGUUCAACUGCACAGGCCAAGCGUUUAAUGCUAGCAGUGGGUUUGUUUGUUUUAGUGGUUUUAUCUUCUGCAUGGCGUCUGCGUACUGCCCAGUUAGAGCGCGGGACACUCUAUUCUUCUUUAGAAGAAUUCUCCUCAACGGAAUCUGUAGAAGCCGAUAAGGUUGCUCUAGUGCAGAAAAGAAUAAGAGCACUCAAGGCGGCCCUUCCCGAUGCAACGCGACUGGCAGAAGCUGUACAUACGCCCGAAGCAGUGCAGCAUUUAAUGAGGCUGGGUUCAAGCUUAGUAGGUGCUUCGCAGCUGAGGAAGGAGAUAAAGGAAGCAGCAGAUGCCAACAGCGACACCGACGAGCUCUUUGCAAGAUUUGACGAAUGUUUACAUGGAGCGGUCUCUGCUUUAAACAGUUUAGCAACAAUAGCAGCAAGGCGAGGGGAGCAGCAUGCUGCACAACUCGUUGCUCUUCCUCCACCCUUCCAGCCGAGUGACAGCUUAAAGAAAGCAUUAAUAGAUGCUGCAGGAGAAGAAGCUGCAGAGGCGCUGCUGCUGUCGCUACAGUCAUUAGCAGAAACAGCAGGAAGUAUGGAAGGACACGUUUUAUCAUCACAUGAAGGACUUCGUGCAGCAUCGACGCAACGGCUUACACUGAGUAAUUGUGCAGAGAGAACUCAUUUUAUUUAUUCUCAAUAUUCUCAAUUAAGGAGAUCUGUCAAUGCUGCAAACCAUGCAUGCGAGGUGUACGUACAGCUCGAAAAUACUCUUACAGAUUUUCUUCAUUCUUGUUUCCUCAGGAAAGCCGUUGAAGAACGCCUUAGUCUUGUACGCCCCUUUGAAUUUCAAGAGGGCCUCCUUGCUUUAUAUAAUGCUUCCCGUAGUUCCAGCAGCAGCAGCAGCAGCAUGCAUGACAGCAAAAGCAGCAAGAGCGAGAGUAUCGACAACAACGACAACAUGAACAGCGACAAGAGCAGCAGCAGUAUUAGCAGCAUGAUUAGCAGCAUCAGCAGCGGCAUCAGCAGCAGCUUCAGCAGCAGCAACACUCGGAAUCUUGAAUCUGCGUUAAAGGAGUUAGCUACACAAGUAGAAGAAGUUGGAAAGAAAUUUCGUCUGCAUGAUUUUAUUUUAUCUUCUUCUUUCUCUGGUCAAGGCCUUGUUAAUCUUACGAAGGCAAUUGAGAAGGUGCAGGAGGUGCAGCAGGAGAUGCGUACGGCUCUGCAGCAGAACAGAGAGCUUGUAGAGCAGAUUCUUACUGCUAAUCCUGAUAUUUUCAGAGACGGGUUCGACAGCAUUCGGGGUGUAUAUGUCUCCUUUGUAGCUGAAAGCGCUUCUAUCGUGCAUGAAUACGCAGCGGGAGUACAGCGAUCCGCUGCAAGUCUAAAUGCACAAGCAAGCAACAGCUUGCAUCAGCAGCAGCAGCAGCAGCAAGAGGAGGAGGAACAGAAAGAAAAAGAACAACAACAAAGAGAAGAAAAAUCAGAAGAAUCAGAAGAAGAACCAGAAGAAGAAUCAGAAGAAGAAGCAGAAGAAGAAGAACAAGAAGAACAAGAAGAACAAGAAGAACAAGACGCAGAAGAGGAACCAGAAGGAGAAGAAGAAGAAGAAGAAGAAGCAGAAGAAGCUGAGAGUGAAGUGAUGAUGCGUUUGCGUUCGGCUCUAGAGACGCUGCUCAAACAGGCAGAGGGGCUUUCUCGGGUGUCUGUAUAUAUGAGGAGAGAGAGUAGAUUGCGGUUGAUGAAUCGUGCAGUAGUAGUAGUAGAAGGGGAAUUAGAGAAGGCUCGUAAGACUACAAACGCAGCCCAGCUGCUGCUGCUGCAGCAGGAGGUGCAGCAGCUGCUGCAGCAGGACAUUGAAGCCACGCAAAGGGCAGUAGGAAAAGUUCAAGUGGAGGCUUUUCAGACUGCCAAUACACCUGAAGGGACAUCGCCUCCAGCAGCAGACUCCCUGAAAGCUGUUGCUGGGGCUGCUGCUGCAUGCAGAGCAGAGUUGAUAAGGCUUGAAGCAGCAGCAAGUGAAGACGGCGAAGACAGCGAAGACAGCGAUGCAGAGCAGGAAGAAGAAGAGACACAUAAACCUUAA